CAGUGCUGAUUGUGAUUGCACACACACUCACACACACAAUCACACAAGCACACACGCACACACACAGGAGCGUAGCUGAGAGGCAAGGACUGCAGCAGCAUGCACCAACCGCGGCUGAGCUGUUCAGGGACUCGAGGAAGGGGAACUGAGGAGAGAAAAUAGUGUACUAUCUCAUACCAGCCUGCGUGUGCAUCUUUGCAGCGGUGGGAACGAUGCAUUUCAAGAGCGGAUAGCUUAUGUUAUCCGGCCUCCUCUGCACUGCCUCUGCAUCCCAUUCACCCUGCUCCUCCCACUCCAACGCUUCCUCCUCCUCCUGUCUACAGCAUCAUUAGACAGGACUACAGAUUGACCGGGACUGACGAGUGGUGGAUGGUCAGGUUUUGCCCCGGCUGAAGGAUUCCUCUGUGGCUAUGCUACAUCUAAACCUGCACUGAUGGCUGGAUUGUAACUGACAUUGGGGGCUAGAAGAUAACCCAUAACCAGCAAGGAGUCUUGGAUGUGUGUGUCAUUCUUUACCGGUGUUGUCAUUGGCGCAUUUCCUCUUUUUCGCUGGUUGUUUUUGCCUUCUCUGAGACUGGCUAGCAGGCACUGCAGCAUCAGGACCGCAAGACCCAUGAAGCGGUAGGGCAUGAGGACCCAGGGGCGACCCAAAGGAAGGGCUUGAGUGCUUCCAUUGCUACCACUGCUGCUGAGGUGCUUAUCUUGAUUUUUUUCCCCAGAAAAGGGUGUCUGGUGGGGGUUGGGGUGGGUGGUGACAGCACAGGUACCUAGGCCCCUGCAGAGCAGAGCGGGUGGCUCUUGCGUAGAGGAGGCAGGCAGGACGUCCUGUGGGAAAGAGGGGAAGAAGGGUUGGCUCGAGCAUUGGGCUCCUGAUGGUGGCUAUUUUUGUCUCCCCUAGCUGAGUGAUUGGGACAGCGGGUGGAAGAGAAGAUGCUUAUGGCCCGAGACACGGCGCGGGACGAGGCUCAAAAGCUACACAGGAAGUGGCUGAAGCACCAGGCCUUUAUGGCAGAACUGGCCCGCAAUAAAGAAUGGCUGGCCAAGAUAGAACAGGAGGGUCAGGAGCUGAUCCAGGAGAAGCCCGAGCUGCGUUCAGUCGUGCAGCAGAAACUGGAGGAGAUCAGGGAGUGCUGGUCUGACCUGGAGACCACGACUAAGGCCAAGGCCCGCCAGCUCUUUGAAAACAACAAGCCCGAGCCGGCAGUGAAGAGUUACUCAGACCUCGACAACCAGCUCUCCCACCUGGAGCAGCAGCCUCCCCAGCUGGAACAGGCUCACCAUCUGCCCACCUUCAAUGAGCAGCUCCAGAAAUUCCAGGCUAUGGAAUCCCAGAUAGGGGACUUCUACAAGGAUGUAGGAGAGCUGGGAAGCUUGCAGGGCCUCUGCCUACCCCAGCGAGGGCUGACGGCAGGUGACAAGGAAGGCGGCGAGCAAUCAGGCGUAGUGGAGACCCGCAUCGUCCGCCUCAUUGAGCCCCUGAAGGAGAGACGCCGCAUCCUGCUGGCAUCCAAAGAGAUGCACCAAGUAGCCCAGGACCUGGAGGAUGAGAUAUUGUGGAUUCAGGAGAGGCUUCCGUUUGCUUCCUGUAAGGAUUAUGGGAAUAACCUCCAGAGUGUACAGCAGCAUGUAAAAAAGAACCAGACACUUCAGAGGGAGCUGACGGGCAGGCGAGCACGCGUUGAGGAGGUUCUAGACCGAGCUGGAAUCAUUGCUUCGCUGAGAACUCCGGAAGUGGAGUUUGUGCGUGAGGGGGCGGGGCAUGUACGCCAGCUUUGGGAGGUUUUGCAGCUGGAGACGGAGAGGAGGUCUGUGAUGCUGGAUGCUGCUCUGCAGUCUCAGCAGUACUACAGUGAGGCAGCUAAAGUGGAGUCCUGGCUGUCGGGGCAGAAGCUUCAUCUUGUCAAUGAAGAAAAAGGCACGGAUGAGUCGAGCACCUUGCAGCUGCUGAAGACCCACCUGGCUCUGGAGCAAACCGUGGAAACAUAUGCAGAGACCGUAGGCAUGCUAUCCCAGCAAUGCCAGCGUCUACUGGAACUAGGACACCCAGACAGUGAGCAGAUCACCAAGCAGCAGUCCCACAUAGACCGACUGUAUGUGUCUCUGAAGGACAUGGUGGAGCACAGAAAGACCAAGCUGGAGCAGCAGUACUGGCUCUAUCAGCUCAACAAGGAGGUCGAGGAGUUAGAGAAGUGGAUCACUGAGCGCGAGUCGGUGGCCAGCUCCACGGAGCUUGGCCAGGACCUUGAAGACGUCACGGUUCUUCAGGAGAGGUUCACCAAGUUUGUCUCAGAAACCAACAGCACUGGCCAGCAACGCAUGGAGCAGGUGAACAAAAUGGUGAACGAGAUGAUUGACUGCGGCCACUCGGACGCAGCCACCAUCGCCGAGUGGAAAGACGGACUGAACGAGUCAUGGGCCGACCUCCUGGAGCUGAUGGAGACCCGCAGACAGAUGCUGGCAGCCUCACACCAGCUGCACAAGUUCUUUACUGACUGCAAAGAGGUCUUGGCUCAGAUCGCAGGGAAGAUGAAGCAGCUGCCAGAGGUGAGGGCGUGCCAAGCCAACAUCACCAAUCCAGCCACCCUGCAGAGACUCAUGCACUCCUUUGAGCAUGCCCUUCAACUGCUAGUUGCACAGGUGAGGCAGCUACAAGAGAAUGCUGCCCAGCUGAGGACCAUCUAUGCUGGUGAGAAGGCUGAGGCAAUCAUGGUCAAAGAACAGGAAGUGAUGGAGGCUUGGAAGGAGCUACUGACCUCUUGUGAGGCCAGUCGCGUCCAAGUGACUUCAGUAACCGACAAAGUGCAGUUCUUCUCAGUGGUGCGUGAAAACCUUAUGUGGAUGGAAGGCAUCAUGGGCCAGAUAAGAUGGGAUGAGCCAAGGGAUUUGACAGCUCUGGAAGUGAUGAUGAAACAACACCAAGAGCUGAAAGCUAAAAUAGAUGGCCGCAGCAAGACCAUACAGCAGUGUGCAGACCUCGGCAAGAUCCUGAUAGCUGCGGGAAACCCUGCAUCAGAGGAGAUAAAAGAGAAGUUGGACUGUCUUCUUACUAAACAGAAGGAUUUGAUUGAAAAAUGGGACAAACAUCAGGAAAAGUUACAGCGCAGGCAGGAAAAUUUCCAGUUUGCCCAGGAGACAGUAAAGGCGGAAGCCUGGCUGAAGGCCAAGGAGCCACUGAUCACCUCCAAGCAGCAAGAGGGAGGAGAGGCCCAAGCCCAAACCGACGAGGUUGAGCAGCUCAUCCUUCGCCAUGAGGCCUUCCGCAAGGCUGCUGUAACCUGGAAAGAACGGUUCAGCUCCCUCCGCCAGCUUUCCGCAGCUGAGAAGAAAAAGGAGGAGGAGAAAAAGACAACCCCACUCUCCAGUCGAAGGAUGUUCCCAUUAUCGUGUCUGACUCCCAGUGUUCCCUCAACUAGUGCUACCUCUUCUUUCUUGAGGCAGACGGUACAGGCGCAUAUAGAACCUAAACCCUUACAGACCAGUUUGGAUCUGGGUGCCACCCCUGCAGCCCAGAGAUUGUCUUCAACGCUAGCCAGCUAUAACCCAGUUCUAAAUGGAUCAGGCUACCACGGACUGGAACAGCAGUGCAGUGGGAAAUUGGCGAGCACCUCAUACCUUGGGAUGAACCACCAGGCAGCCGGAGGUGGUAGUGACUCUGGUUUCUCAGCACUGACCUCCCAGAGUGGUGGAGCAGACACCUCUACUUACCUUGGGAUAAACCAUCAAACAGCUGGUAGUGCAGAGAGCUCUGGGUACUUUGGACUGACUCCUGGGUGUGUGGGUGGUAUGCAAAACCAUCUAGGCAGUGGCAGGUUAGGAAGUUCAGGUAACCUAGCUCAACAGCCAAGCAGUGGAGGUAUAGGAAGCCCUGGCUUUCUCCCUCAACAGAAUAUGGGCAGUUCUGGAUAUUUGGCACAACCACAAAACCUGGGAAGUUCUGGAUAUUUGGGACAGCAGCCUAAUUUAGGGAGUUCAGGAUAUUUGGCACAACCGCCAAAUAUGGGGAGUUCUGGGUAUUUGGCCCAGCAGCCUAAUAUGGGGAGUUCUGGGUAUUUGGCCCAGCAGCCUAAUAUGGGGAGUUCUGGGUAUUUGGCACAACAGCCUAAUAUGGGGAGUUCUGGGUAUUUGGCACAACAGCCUAAUAUGGGGAGCUCUGGAUACCUGGCGCAGAAUUAUCAGAGCCCCGGUGGAAUGGGCAGCUCAGGCUAUCUGGCACAAAAUCAUUACAGCAGUGGAAGUCUGGGCAGUUCUGGUUUCUUGGCUCAGAGUGGUGGCAUCAUGGACCCUAAAAUGGCAUAUGCAUGGCAACACCUGAAAGCUGACUUCAUGCAGCCCAGGAUCAACCACAUUCACAAGGCUGUAAAUCCUCUCCUUGAAGCCAGCAGAGUGCAGCGAGAACAGUUUGGGGACAUCCCAAUGGCAGACAUGAUGGGGCCUGAGUCAGGGCUGGAGCUCCUCCACGGUCGUCUCCAGAGGGAUCCCCGCGGCAGCAGAUCUGACCCUCAGAUGGACCAUCUGAGGCGAGAGAGGGAGUACAAGCUGGGUAGACAGACCUCCAGCGAACAGGAAAUCCAGGCCAGACUGAACGAGCUGCCGUUAAUUGUGCGGCAGGAACGCUACCGGAGGCGCCUGGAGAGGCAGUCAUCUAGUGAACAGGAGGGGAGUGGAAAGCAGAGGCUGCAGAGACAGGACUCGAGUGACCUGGAGGGGUCCGUGAAGGAGGGCUCUGACAAACGCUCAGGAGAGAAGAGAUCUACCAUGGCAGAGAUUGUAGAACAGGUCCAGGAGAGAGAGGCAGCACAUGCACGAGGAGAGCCCUAUCGACCUCCUAGCAGCCUCUCAGCACCUGUGACACGUUUUGAUGGACGUCCACGCGCCCGAGACCGACCCAAACCGCGGAGGAGGCCCCGUCCAAAAGAGCCAGAGGAGACUAGACGUUCUCGCUCAGCCCCAGCAACGGGUGCCCCAACAACGCCCCAGCCGCCUUCUCACACUGCCCAAAACGAAGGCUUCCUCUACCGCAAAAAGGCCACCAGCUCUGACCUUGAAGCUCAGCAGAGGAGCCCAAACAGCAAGUCUUGGGUGAAUGUAUACUGCGUGCUGAAAGAGGGAGCUCUGACCUUCUAUAAGGAUGGAAGGAACCACACUGCAACGUACAAUGGAGAGCCUCCCGUUGACCUUAGUAACUGCUCAUUUGAUCCUUCAAUGGGGUACAAGAAGAAAAAAAAUGUCUUCAUUCUUAAAAUUAACGAUGGCAACAACUUUGUAUUCCAUGCAAAAGAUGAGGAGGACCUGAAGGCUUGGACUUCAAAUAUCACCACUUGUAUAUCUGAACAUGAGGCCAUGGCCACGUGGGACAAGCCAGGCACCUCCUCCAUGGACCCCGACCGUUCAGAGAGGAAGGAGAAGUCGGAGGGGGACGCAGAUGCCAGGUCAGAGAGGUCCGAGCUCGCAGAGGGAGAGGAGAGGUCUGAGAAGGAGCGGUCAGAGAAAGGCGACGGCUCUGAGAAGUUAGACACAUCUGAAAUUGCUGACAAGCUGGAGGGUGGGGCGGGGGGCUCCAGCACGUCUGGAAAGAGCAAAUGAGGAGCCCCUUCAUGUUUUAAGUUACUCACUGACAAAAGGCAUUAGAGGCAGUGGGUGGGAGGGAUGGAUGGAGAGCAUGUGCAGUUAGGUUUGCAGAUCCUCAGUCACAGAGCUGGAACAAACUGAGGCCACGGUCCUUGGACUGACUAUUGUAACUGUGACAGACUAAUCUCUCAGCCCCUCCCCUUCACCCAGGCAAUACAUCAGUGCUUGCAUUGUGCCACCUGCUGGUAGGAGGUUGGCCGAGACCGACAGACAGACAGACAGACAGACGGACGGACAGACGGACGGACAGACAGACUCCAACUAAUGGUCCCAGGAAAAAGUCACUGUCACGUCCCAUCGUUGAUCGUUUAAUCUCUUGGAUUCACAGCAUCUUUCUGUAUGUAUCUUUGACUGAUCAUGUAAUGCUCUGUCUACCUAGACAAACCUGAGAAGUGGUGAAUGAAAUGUUUCACAAUAUUAAAAAAAGAAAAAAAGUUUUUUGAAGCAAUAUACUUUUUUAUUUUUUCUGUUUGUUAGCGACAGAAAGGGGGAAAAGGAAACAACAAGUAAUAUAAGAAGCAAAUGUAAACUCUAUGAUUUGUCACAUCCAUGUAAGCUUACUCCAGGCAGUUGUGCACCUUAGACACUUGACACAUCUGUAUACUAAUCAUAAUGGCAUUUAAUCCCAUCACGUGGCAAGCUUUCAAUCAUGUUAAUAUAAUGGAAUGCUGGUGUUACCACCUGACUUCACUGGUGUCGACGAAUA